AUGGAUGAUGUCUCUUCCUUUUGUGAUAAAUAUGAUAUAAUCAUUCCGAAGAUGGACGCUAGCUACUUUCCUGGAAGAUCGAAGCAUAGAUCUCUUGAUCUUACAUAUUCUCAUCAUUUGCGCGUUGAUAUUUUUUAUGCUGUUAUUGAUUUACAUCUUCAAGAGCUUAAGAAUCGUUUCGAUGCUAUGAGUACUGACUUACUUCUCGGUAUGGCUAAUCUGAAUCCAGUUAAUUCAUUCGGAAAUUUUGAUAAGAACAGGAUAAUGAGGUUGGUUGAAUGUUAUAUGAAUGAAUUUGCUAGUAGCAAGCUUCGAGAUCUCAGUUGUCAGCGUGAUAGUUUUACAGUUUAUGCUCAUGGUUCUGACAAGAGGUUCUUCAACUUGAAAGGAAUUAGUGACCAUGCAAAAUUGUUGGUUAAAUCAGAUUUUCAUCAAAGCUGGCCACUUGUUUAUUUGCUUAUCAAGUUGACUCUCAUUCUUCCCGUUGCUACUGUGUAUGUGGAACAGGCUUUCUCCUCCAGGAAGCACAUCAAAAAUGAGCUUCGUAACAGUAUCGGUGAUGAAUUUUUGAAUGGUUGUUUAGUUUGCUAUGUAGAGCGUAAGAUAUUCGCAACCGUAAGCAAUGAUACUAUUAUUCAUCAUUUUCAACAUAUGAAAAGUCGUCGAGCACAGUUAUGA